GUGUCUGGGGCCCGUUAGCUCCUGCUCGUCUGCAUCCCUCUGAUGUGUCGUUGAUAACAUCUGCCCUCCUCUGUAUAAAGCCAGAGCCGGCUGAGCUCCUGCAUCACUCUCCUCCACGCCUCCGUCAGGAUCAUGCAUCCCUCCCUGCUGCUCCUCCUCGCUCUCGGGGCCCACGCUGGGGCCUUCGACCUGGGCCAGACCACACGCUGCGUCCCCGUCCCGCACCAGAUGAGCGUCUGCCAGGACGUGCCAUACUCGGAGAUGCGUCUGCCUAACCUGCUGGGUCACAGCAGUCUGGAGGAAGCGGUUCCUCGCUCGGACGACUGGAGGACGCUGCUUCACACCGGCUGCCACCCACAGGCCCGGGCCUUCGUGUGCUCGCUGGUCGCUCCCGUCUGCCUCGACAGGUUCAUCCAGCCGUGCCGGAGCGUGUGUGUGGCCGUGAAGGAGAGCUGCGCUCCCGUGUUGUCCUGUCAGGGACACGCCUGGCCCGAGGCCCUGGACUGUGACCGGUUCCCCGCGCAGGACGACACGUGUCUGACACCGCUGCCCAAACACAUCAGCGCCUUCUCCAAAGAAUUCCCUCAGCCUGUGUGCCAAAGCUGUCCGUCUGUGGAGGAAGCGCCGUCUCUCAAAACCGUGCUGGACGCCCUGUGCCUCACCGACUUCGCCGUGAAAGUCAAGAUCUCGCGGCGCCGCCUGCCGUCCUCGGAGCCGGAGCUGACGGUGGAAGGCCCGGUGGAGUUCAUCCAGCGCGGCCCGCUGCUCCCGUACGACACGGUCAGUCUGAUCCAGCGCUGGCUGCUCAUCAACCUCAGGUGCGCGCUCACGCUGGUCCGGCCCGGCCGCGCGCAGCUCUACCUCAUCACGGGCACCAUGCGCGCGAGCGGCUCCAUCCAGCUCUCCAGUCUGUUCCCGUGGCUCAAGAAGGACCUGCACAUCGCGACGGCCGCGCGCAAAUGGAAACACCACAAAUGCUGAACUCAUUUAUCACACGUACAUCACGGAGACGUCUGCUGGACGUCUGCAUUUACAUCUGCAAGACUAUUUUUAGAGUGUUUGUUCAUCUGCAGUACUAUCAGAUGUCAACUAGACGUUUAGAAGAUGUCUUUAAGAUGUUUAUGACUGAAAACUGACAUCUUAGAGAC